GUUCACCACACUGAAUCCCCCAGAGGCGUCACUCCCUCCUUUAGUGUCUUCCCGCCAGAGAACAAUCACAGAAUCGAAUCCGGUGACAUACCAUGGACGCAUCAUUGAAGGAGCUGACCAUUGCUCGUGCACAGAAGGGUUAUCGCGAUGGCACGUUCAACGCUCGACAAGUAGUCGAAUACUACCUGCAGCGGAUCAAGACUAUCGACCAGGCCAACGAUGGACCCAAGUUGAACAGUAUAUUGGCAAUCUCAUCAACAGCUAUCGAAGACGCGGAUGCGUUAGAUGCGCAUCUCAAAUCUACUUCGGAACUGAAAGGACCCCUUCAUGGUAUCCCCGUGGUCGUUAAAGACCAGGCCAGCACAAAGGGCCUCGCUACGACGUACGGGUCGAUUCUCGCCAAAGACUAUAUACCUGAGCAGGAUGCAACUUUGGUCACAAGGUUGAAGGCGGCAGGAGCGAUAAUUUUGGCGAAGACUACUAUGCCAGAUUUCGCAACGUCCUGGCACUCGACGUCAUCCCUAUCGGGGACGACGAAGAAUCCAUAUGAUACGAAAAGAGAUCCUGGAGGCUCAAGCUCUGGCACAGGUGCCGCUAUAGCAGCUGACCUUGCUCUCCUAGGCGUGGGCGAGGAUACUGGGGGCUCCAUUCGAGUACCUUCUUCAUUCUGCGGGCUCGUUGGUAUUCGGUGUACCCCUGGUAUUAUCAGCCGAAGUGGUUUGUCGCCUCUCCUGGUUCCUCAAGAUACACCAGGGCCUAUGUGCCGAACCGUUACAGAUGCCGCGUUAAUGCUCGAUGUAGUUGCCGGCUUCGACGAGCAGGAUUCCUAUACAGCAGCAGCAGUUAUCGCGGGGCCCCCUACUGGAGGAAGUUAUGGAGCGAACCUGUCCGUGGACAAGAUCAAAUCGGCACGAAUUGGUGUACUCCGGGGUGUAUUUGGACCGGACUCCAGUCCAGAUAGCCAAUCUGUGAACAAGGUCAUUACUACGGCGCUGCAAACGCUCCAAGAUAACGGCACGGUCCUCCUUGACGUCGACAUCCCGAACUUGACGAAACUCCUCGAGAUCACCUUCACAUAUCAUCAGCGCUCUCGAUCCGACCUUGAUGAUUUCUUCAGUCGCCAUCCAUUCCUCAAAACCAAUACUCAGGAGAUCUACGAGUCGAAGAAAUAUCAUCCGGCGCUUGAUUUGUUCGAGGGUAUUGCUACAGGCGUUGGCUCUCCCCAGAAAGAUCCCGAUUUCACCGCUCGCCUUCUUGCCCGAGAGGAGCUCCAACGGGCCAUUACUGUCACUCUAGCUAAGCAUAACCUCGAUGCACUGGCUUUCCCCGAUGUCCAGAUCCCGGCUCCAUUACUUGAAGAUGUACUUUCUCGGAGGUGGCCUGCGGCGGACUUCCCUACAAAUACGCUGGUAUCGUCACAGUCGCUUUUCCCCUCUAUCACUGUCCCCGCUGGCUUGACCCAGGGUCAGAGUGGCUUACCCGUGGGUUUGGAAUUGGUCUCUCUGCCAUAUCGGGAGCAGAAACUGCUGGAAUUGGCAUACGGAGUGGAGCAACUCGUCCAGGGUCGGAAACCUCCCGUUCUGUGAACGCAUGCUGCUGACAGGAGAUCCCGGUGUCGAAAUAUACAAAUACC